GUUAAAAAGGCAAAAAAAAAAAAAAAUACUUGUUUCAAUUCCAUCCAUCUAUUGAAAUGGCUCAUCAAGGUCCGCCUUCUCUUUGUUCUACCCUUCAAGCCACCAAAAUGGGAAAGCCUGAGGUUGUCCGCCAAACAGCCACUUUUCACCCAACGGUGUGGGGUGAUCACUUCCUUAACUACUCAGGAGACCAAAAGAAGGUGGAUGCAUGGACGAGAAAGGUUGAAAUGCUUAAGGAAGAAGUGAGAAGGAUGCUUUUCAACACCCAUGGUUCAGUGCAAGAAAUGAAUCUGAUUGAUGAUAUUCAACGGCUGGGAGUGGCGUAUCACUUUGAAAACGAGAUAGACGAGGCAUUACACCGUAUGUAUGGUGAAUAUACGAAAGUUCAAUAUGAUGAUUUGUACGCCGUUGCACUCCGAUUCAGACUGCUAAGGCAAGGAGGGUACAACGUGUCUUCUGAUGUUUUCAGAAAUUUCAAAGAUGAGGAUGGAAACUUCAAAGAAACCCUGAGAAGUGAUGUGAGGGGUAUGUUAAGCUUAUAUGAAGCUGCAUACUUAGGCAUACAAGGAGAAGAUAUAUUGGAUGAAGCCAUUGUUUUCACUAGUGGUCACCUUAAGACCAUCGUGGACCACCUUCAUCCUCCACUUGUUGCAAAGGUACGUCGAGCCCUAGAGCUUCCACUACACAAGCGCAUACCAAGGCUGGAGUCAAGGUACUACAUCUCACUCUAUCAAGAAGAUGAGUCUCACAACGAUGUGUUGCUUGAGCUUGCAAGAUUGGAUUUUAAUUGUCUGCAGUCUCUGCAUCAGAGAGAGUUGAGGGACCUCUCUAGGUGGUGGAAAGAUCUUGGGCUUGCAACCAAGUACCCUUUUGCAAGAGAUAGAUUGGUGGAAACCUACUUUUGGAUUUUGGGAGUGUACUUUGAGCCUCAGUACACCCGUGCAAGAGCCAUAAAAACCAAAAUAAUGAAACUUUUGUCGAUAAUUGAUGACAUUUACGAUGCAUACGCCACGUUCGACGAACUUGAAAUAUUCACUAAUGCAGUCUACAGGUGGGAACUUGAGGCUACAGAAGGGCUUCCAGAUUACAUGAAGGCUUGCUAUCUUGCAAUCCUGAACACAGUAGAUGAAAUAGAGAGCCAGAUGAUGCCGGAGGAAAAAUUCUAUCGUACAAACUACAUAAAAAGAGAAAUGAAGGUGUUCGUCCAGUCCUACAUGGAUGAAGCCAAAUGGGUCAACAGAAAGCACGUGCCUACAUUAGGAGAGCAUCUUCAUGUUUCACUACUCAGUUGCGGCUUCCCAUUACUCACUGGCGUUGCUUAUGUUGGCAUGGGAGAUGUGGCCAGCAAGGAAGUCUUUGAUUGGCUGAAUACCCAUCCAAAGUUCAUUAUGGAUUUAUCUAUUGUAUGCCGACUGUUGGAUGACAUCGCAAGCCAUCAUGUAAGAAUACAUAUGAAUUGAGUAGUA